UAGAAGUAAUAAUACAAGUUUAUGAACCUAAACUGAGAAAAGAUAAGUUGAAGUCACUGAAACACACGUUUUUUAACUUUUGUUUGCUAAAAUAGCAGCUUCCGGUGCAUUAGUGAUUUGAGAGCGAAAAAAUUAAAACAGUUCAAUUUCCUUCUCCAGAUCUAACGCUCACCACAUGAACACUCACCGUAAAGACAGCAAUCGAUUCAUUGAUUGAUCAACUGGAAGUUCAGAAAAUUGGUUAAGUAGUAGUAGUAAUAUAGAUUUAGAUGAAGCUAUUGAAGCUUGCAUUUGCAGUUGCUUUGGCUUCUGGACUCGGAGCUAUUCUCAUCUACAUCACUGGUCUCUCAACUCCAUAUGGGUCAUAUCAUUUAUCAGAUGAGGAUUUGGAGGCAUUACACUCUCUACAAUCUGGUUUCCAGAAGUGCGUGAGUGCAAAUGGAUUAGGUUUACAAGCUGCAAGUGGCAGGGACUACUGUGAGGUUAUAAUGAAGUUUCCCGGUGAAACAGUACCAAAGUGGAAAGAUCCAAAAACUGGAGAACUUGAGGGCUUGUCAUAUGAACUGAACUUAUGUGAAGCUGUGGCUACUUGGGAACAGGUGAGGAACAGUACCACAGUACUCACGAAGGAGUACAUUGAUGCCCUACCAAAUGGAUGGGAGGACUAUGCAUGGAGAAGGAUUAAUAAGGGAGUACUUCUGAACCGAUGUGAAAAUAGAACUCUUUGCAUGGAGAAGCUCUCUCUAGUACUUCCAGAAAGACCAUCAUUAUUUCCAAGGCAGUAUGGUCGAUGUGCUGUUAUAGGCAACUCAGGAGAUCUUCUUAAAACAAAAUUUGGUGAUGAGAUUGAUAGCUAUGAAGCUGUUUUCAGGGAAAAUGGAGCACCGAUACAGAACUACACAGAAUUUGUGGGCUCAAAAAGCACAUUUCGCCUUCUUAAUAGGGGUUCUGCUAAAGCUCUUGACAAAGUAGCAGAGUUGUAUGAAAGAGGAAAGGAGGUGUUGAUAGUCAAAACAACUAUACAUGAUAUCAUGAACAAGAUGAUUCGGGAAGUUCCCAUUCUCAACAAAGUAUAUCUCAUGUUGGGUGCAUCCUUUGGUUCAGCAGCAAAAGGAACUGGACUGAAGGCUCUAGAAUUUGCCCUCUCCAUCUGUGACACUGUCGAUAUGUAUGGUUUUACAGUUGAUCCAGGCUAUAAAGAAUGGACAAGGUAUUUUUCAGAGUCUCGGCAAGGCCAUACACCUCUGCAAGGAAGGGCAUACUAUCAAAUGAUGGAAUGCCUAGGGCUUAUUAAAAUCCAUUCUCCAAUGCGAGCCGAUCCUGAUCGUGUUGUGAAGUGGUUACCCAGCCGCAGCACGAUCACGGCUGCCCGAAUUGCAUCAGAGAAAUUGCUCAGGAGGGUUGGAGCUGGAUCGACCAAUCUUUUGGCUACAUGUUCCAUAAUCAAGAAGCAGCAGAAAGGAAAUGAUGUGGACAUGUCAAACCUUAGAAAAGCAGCUGUUGAACAUCACAAAUAUGUAAAAGGCACUACAAUGUAUCCUUUGGAGCAUAAUCCCGGACAUGGCCAACUUUGCACAGUUCCCAACAAGUUGAUAGUCAGAAAACUGAACUAACAUGAAUUCACUAGACCAGAUUUCAGGGUUAUGCUGUGAAAAAAGCCUUGCGUUUCGGAGGAUGGUCUGCCAACUUUUUCUUUUGGUGCAUUUGUUGACCACUCUACUGUCUUCAGAAUUUGCGUGCUUGGUACCUGAAUAUUUCACUCAGAGUUGAUUUCAAGUCUUUUUGACAAGGCCUUGUCAUGUGCAAGGUUAAGGUGGCUCUUCUCUUACCAAAAAAUUAUACAGCGGAGUUCUCUUUUUAUUCAUGUAUUCUUUUGGCAGCUUGUAUGGGAUACAGAUUACAUCUUUUGGUUUAGCCCUUCCAAAUGUAUAUCAGCAACCGGCUCUCUUCUUGUGUUGUUGGUUUUAGCAUGAAAUGGAGAAAUCAUGCAAUUAUUAGCAUUAGUUAUGGAUUAGAAACUUUAACGUCCUUGUCCAUUUAAUUAAUGGCGUCAUUCAGCAACAAAUUUUUCAUCUUGAGAUAUAAAAUUCAUAUUUUUUGUAC